AGCUGCAUUGUUUUGGAGUAAAGCUGAAGAAAAUGCAGUAUUUUAGGGAAAUCUAUUGAUUGUAAAGGCACGACCAGUUUAUAUAUAACACCAUUUAUACACAAGGCAAUCUAAAGUACUUUGACGCACAGGUGUAAAGGAAAAUACAUAUGAAAAUAAAGCAUUGCAGAAAAGUAAAUGUUAAAAUACUGAUAUUUAAGGCAUUAAAAUGAAAUUACAUUGAUUAAAAAAACCAAAACAAAAUGUUCCUUUUUAUUUUAUCACGGUGUGAGGAAUCACAGUUCAGUAAUAACAGUAAGGCCUAUGAUGAGCAAGGAAACUUGUUAACAAACAUCCAUAUUUUUCAACGUAUUUUUGUUAAACACUAUUGGUUGUUUAUUUUAUUUACUUAUGUUUACACAGCUGAGUAUUAAAGUUCUGAUUUCUACUGCAGAGUUUUACAGAUAUGUUUUUUAAAAGCACACUGAAGGGGGAAAAAAUAUCAGAUUGAGUUUUUGAUUAUUCAAGAACUGAGCUGAUCAGCUGGCAUUAGUAAACAUUAUGACAUACGAGCGUAUUUUGACAUCGAUUAUGGAGCAUUUCGGUGUCAUUCGAUUGCAACCAGUUCAACCUUACAUCUUUGUGCCAGAGUUCGACUCCAGUGGACCAAAGCACUGAUGGAUACUGCCAUGGCUAGUCAAGGUGAAGCAAACCAUGAUGAUGACGACAAUGGGUGCCUUCAGAACUUUAACUGGUAUCCUACUAAUUUGCAUAUUUCUGUUUGAAGUUUUCCAUUUGAUUAUUUCCCAUCCAUAUUUGCUGCUUGUAACGUAAGUAAAUGCCAUUUUCUGCUUGUAUCACCUUAAAGAGUUACUACUUGAUUUGCAACCCUAGCUUUGGGAACUACUUACAUACACUACUGCAGGUUGUAUCCAUGAUUGGGCUAACUUGUGGGACUUGGGCACAUACAGUCUGUUUAUCUGGUGAUUAAUUUCUGUAGAAAUUAUGCGGGAUGCAGUACUUCUGCAGGAAACAUCACUGGAACUAGAAACUCAUCUUAAUUGAAUGUAUCGGCGUAUUGGCCGGACCAACUUGAACUGAACUGAUAGCCAAAGAUCUUUGCUAUUGAAAUGUUGCCAUUCCAGCCCUGGGCCACUUGACAUCUUCCAUGUGUUUUAUUUUUGCAUAAUUUUCCUGAAAUACAUGCAGUGUUCUCAAAUGUGGCUCAGAUUAUUUGCCAUAAUUGUGCAGAACUCCAGAAAACAUAUUUGAAGAAAAAAAAAUCUGAAUACAAACAUGCUAAUAAAGAGGAAAAAACUCUUGCCUUAUGUGAUGUCACAAGAGGCAUGUGUGCAUUGAAGUUGAUUUUUGGAAGGGAAGAUUUUAUCUUGUUUAAUUUACAAUAAAAUAGUUAAAACACAAUGAACAUGACAAGUUCUAUAGGUGAUAAAACAUCAGUUAUAGAAGUUGGAUGAGUGAUUUUACGGAAAGACCUGGCGAGCAGCUUUACAGCUGGAUUGCCCGGAAAUCACGCCACCUUAUCGAUUAGGAUUUUACUUUGAAGGUCCCAGGCGGAAGCUCCUUUUUGAACAAGCGGUAACUAAACCUUGUUGAGACUCGAUUAAGGCGAAGAGUGGGAGCAAAGUAAGGCGCUGUCGGUCCUGAGGCAGAGGGAGCAUCCCGGUGGUUGACAGGGGAAGAGUACUGGCCCCACUUCAUGUGUUUUCCUGCUUCCUGCUCAAUGUUAAGCAGCUCCUUCACCUCCACCGUGACUGCUGCGCUUCCAGUUUUGGCUGUGAAAACAUCUUGAGCCACAUUUCUCCUUGUUGCAGCCUGAAGGAGCGGAACACCUGACUUUAAGGCAUCUUCAGCUUCCAUCCGAUUUUUCUCAGUGGUUUUGCUCUUACAGACCAGAUGUCCUGGGGGCUCGCAGGGCUGCAGCCACUGACUGUAUUACUGCUUGUUGCUUAUGUAGUGCUGGACAGGGAGUGGAGGAGAAGUUAAAGUCUCGCUCCUGAAGGCGGUGCGCUCCAAAUGCAUUGGCUCCUGGGCCGGGAGAAGAAAGAAGAAGAAGCCGGGUUCGGGAUCGGUCUUGGUCUGUCCUCGGGUUCUCUUGCCCAAGCCGCUGCCACCAUGUUCAGCUGUGUGGGCUGCUUCUGGGUGCUCCUGUCCUCCGCCUUGGUGGCCGUCUGCAGCUUCAGCUUCAUCUCUCCUGCCUGGAUCGUGAAGGACCAGCUGAGGAGCAGCCACCAGCAUCAGCACCACAGCUCCAAGGAGUCGGUGAGCUUCGGCUUGCUGUGGCACUGCUCCGAGUCUCUGGACCACAUGUACCGGUGCUACACCUUCGGAGGACUGGGCAAAUUUGCAGAGAUCCCCUCCAGCUCCUGGCAGACCAGCGCGGUGCUGUGUUCAGGAGGAUGUGCUCUGCUGGCGGUCAGCUCCCUAUUGGCCAUCAUUACCAUCUUCCUGCCUACUGGAGGCUGUGAGAGGAGGAUCUGCACCCUGGCUGGAUACAUGCAGAUGGCAUCGGUAUUCAUCAUGGCUACUGGUCUACUGGUGUACCCUUUUGGCCUUAACUCCUCACUGGUCCGAUCAUUUUGCGGAGAGGCUGACAUCUACUAUGCCGGCGAGUGCCAGAUCGGCUGGGGCUACAUGCUGGCCAUUGUUGGAGUCAUGCUCACCGUCUUCUUGCCCUUUUUUGCCAAAUAUGCACCAAAGGAGCAGCUGUCCCCCACCCCUUUACCCACUCUGUUAUAGUUCUGUCUCGUUUUUCCUCUUUUUCUCUUGACCACUUUAUAUGGCCGGGACUUGACGUCCUGAAGAGACACCUGCAAAGCUCCUGGGGAAGCCCCACUCAAUGAAAAUACAAGAAACAAAAAAACAAAUACUGUCUUCCUGCAUCUGUAAUGUUAAUUACUCCAAUUUUAGCAUAUUUAAAAUGGAUUUUCUGUUUAAUUACCAAAACAUCCCAAUUUGAACUGUGAACUUGGUUUUUAUGUUUUUUUUUUUUUUUGUGAAAACACAUGGAAGCAUGAUGCUUUGUGGUUUCAGCCACAUUAAUGUUUCAGUGCAAGUUUCUUACUAAGAAAGCUUGAUCAACAGGCAAUAAGACAGUUUAAAGGUUUAGGAAAAUGUUAUCAAUACAAACUGUUGUAUCUGAACCUUAAAUGAGUUAUCUCUAAAAUAAAUUGGUCAGUGUGGUCAUAAAUAAACACGAGAACUUUAAAGUGCUAAACAACACUUUGAAAUAAAAACUUUGAUACCUUGAAGGAUAUUUUCCGCCGGAUGUUUUUAGCUCUCCUUUCUUGUGACCUGAAAGUGAACUAGUGGGAAUCAAGACAACAUUCAGCUUUAAAGACUGAGUUCCAUCUCUGAUACAAAAGGACCACAGACGCAGCGUUGAAGCAGCUGAAAGGACUAUUUAAAGAUCAGUCUCCUCUCCUAAAAGGAGGUAAAUCAUAACAGGUAGUUGUUUCCGAGUGUGGUUAUAAAAGAAAAACAGACAAAAAAUAUAAAAAAUGUUGGACACAAUGCGUGUUUUUGUCACCCUUUUUCCCAGAUUUGUUUGUGUGAUGUACUUAGCUUGUUUUCUCUGCCAACAACACCCAAUACUAAACUUUAAUUCAGGAACAAAAAUGUUGCAAAAUGCCAGGAGAUGUAGGGAUUGUGUCUAAAACUGCAUGAAAAGAUGGGUUUUGUUAAUGGUAGAACGGAUCUAGACAUUAAAUGUGAUCUGACCAACUCGUGCCUUUUAAUAUAAAGACAAGUUUCAUACAGUUAUCAGGUAAUGAUCUCUCUCUGCUGAAACUGAGGAUUUUGUUGUGAUGUGAUGUGUUUUCCUCUUCUAUUUUUCCUCUCAGUGGUAAACUGUUUUUAUGUACUUCAUGCAGUGUGACCUCAGUAAUGUUUGAGGAAAUGUCCGGUAGGGAAAGGUGGCUUUGAACUCUUGGAGAUAAUAGUGAUGCACUUGUUUUAAUCUAUCCCCUGAAACACGCUAAUUAUUGAUAAGAGGUGAGGCACUCAAGCCGCUUCAUCAGGAUGUUAUAAUGCUCAGCUAAUAUUAAUUCACUGCAUAUUUUUUUUACAAACGCAGUGGUGAACCAGAAUAUUUUAUAUUUUCAUCUGGCUUAUGAUGAAAAUCCUGUGUAAAAUAUGCUCUACAAAUAAGCCGAUGUGUUUGGUGUGUCUGAUCAUCAGUUUUUGAAAUUCUGGUAAACACUCACUUAUCAAUUUACUGUUCCUGUACACUGCCAGUUUCAUCAAGCCCAACCUCGAUUUUUAGUUAGUGUUUAUAAGCAUAUUCAUAUUCAGUUAUAGAUCCAAGUUUUACUAACAGACUAAACUCUAAAUAACUCCCAACUUUGCCUCCAAUAUUGACAUAAACUGAAAAAUGAACGUGACAAUGUUGCCAUAUUUGACAGAUAAUGGGAAUUUGAAACAAAAGUAAUGUACUGGACCUCAUACUGUGCUUGACUGGGGUAACAACAUUGGACUUAUUCCCCUGUUUGUCGGACAGUUAUGUGUAAAGUCUCAGCACUGGUGAAAAACGUUUUUUUGUAAAGAAAAUGUUGUUUUUUUCAUUGUGGUAUUUGACUGUAAAUAAACUGUUGUUGUUAUGCCA